CUAGACACACACACAAGCACAUACUCACACAGACACCCACCCUGCUGUGCCUGCAGCUGGUUAAACCCUGCUGUUAGGCCUCUUCCUGUGAGGAGCUAAGCUCAGCUCAGUCAUGAAGCGGCAGUUGGAGCUAGCGGCAUUGGGCCUGGGCAUUACAGGCUGGCUGUGCGCCAUCCUCACCCGCUGCCUGCCCCUGUGGAAAGUCAGUGGCACUCUGGACAACUCCACAGCCACGCUGCCAGCAUACUGGGAUGGGGUGUGGCUGGAAUGGGACCACUGGGACCUCAACCAUGACGGUAGCCUCCACUGCUCCUUCUACCAGUCUUUGUUAUCCCUCUCUGGAAACUUCCAAACAUGGAGAAGCUUGAUCAUGGCUUCUAUAGGUGCUGGAGCUUUUGCUGUGGUCAUCAGUAUCAUUGGAGAGGUGUGGUUUCCGAAGAGGAAUCAGGUGAAAGUUGUCUCCGGUGUGGUGUUUGUGCUGUCUGGAAUACUGCUGCUUGUCCCUGUCGCUUGGACCUGCCACCACACUAAUGAGCCACUGGAGGGCGCUGUGGUGCUGAGGAGAGACUGGGGAGCUGCACUGUACAUAGGAUGGAUCUCCUUCUCUCUGACGGUAGUAGGGGGAGGGUUUCUCAGUACUAGAUGCCUCACGUUCCAGCAGCAGGAUGAGUCAGAAAGAGGGAGUUACCCUCCAGGUUAUCCUGUGGCAGAGCAGGAGCCAACCAACCCCCUGGAUACUAUCCACAGGACUGCUUUUAGACACAGCCAGUAUGCUCGGGCAACAACACAGCCUUCAUGAGAAGGGCCUUGAGUGAGGAACCUUCCACCUAUGAAUUAUUCUUCUGUGAAAUUCUACCUAAAUUGCAUGUGUACUAGGUAUGAAUGGAUUUCUAGGUACUAUAGACAAUGUUAGAAGUCAUUCUUCUACUGCAAUGAAGCACUUUGAAAGAUGUUGAAGAAUUUAUAAUAGGGGUAAAGGAGUAGCACCAUGGAGAGUUAAUUGCGCUUUCAACUGUAAUAAUUGGGUCUGAAAUGUUGUCAACUUGCUUAAUUUUUGUAUUGGUGGUGAGGGUUAAGCAUCUAAGUGUUACAUUGCCUUCAGAAAGUAUUCACACCCCUUGACUUUUUCCACAAUUUGUUGUGCUACAGCCUGAAUUAAACAAUUAUUACAUUUAGAUUUUGUGUCACUGGCCUACACACAAUGCCCCAUAUGUCAAAGUGGAAUUAAGUUUUUUAUAAAUUGAUAAGAAAUGAAAAGCUGAAACGUUUUGAGUCAAUACGUAUUCAACCUGUGUUACGGCAAGCCUAAAUACGUUCAGAAGUACACAUUUGGUUAACAAGUCACAUGAGCUGCAUGGACUAGUGUUUAACAUGAUUUUUGAAUAACUACCUCAUCUCUGUACCCCACACAUCUCUGCCCCAAUUAUUUGUAAGGGCCCUCAAUUGAGUAGUGAAUUUCAAACACAGAUUCAACCACCAAGACAAGGGAGGUUUUCCAAUGCCUAGUAAUGAAGGGCACCUAUUGGUAAAUGGGUCAAAAAUAAAGCAGACACUGAAUAUCUCUUUGAGAAUGGUGAAGUUAUUCAUUGAAUUUGGAUGGUGUAUCAAUACACACAGUCACUACAAAGAUACAGGCAUCCUUCAUAACUCAGAUUCCGUAGAGGAAAGAAACCGCUCAGGGAUUUCACGAGGGCAAUGGUGACUUUAAAACAAUUACAGUUUAAUGGCUGUGAUAGGAGAACUGAGGAUGGAUCAACAACAUUGUAGUUACUCCACAAUACUAA